UCAUUUACUUUCAUUUAGAAACAAGUUUUGUUGGAACAAACAAGCAGAAAGUCGGCAGAGAGAAGCUGAUGAAAUGGCCGCUUCAGCUGAUAUUUCCACCUCAGCACUGAGCGGCCCUGCUACAGAACUGAGGAUUGUGUUGAUAGGAGGAAGAUACAGUAACCCUUCCAGCGGUAAAAGCUCAGCUGGAAACAUCAUCCUGGGUCACAAUGUUUUUGACACCAGCAGAAGAACAGCUCAGAGUGAAGCGAGGCAGCAGGAAGUACUCGGCAGACGACUCACAGUGGUUGAUACUCCAGGAUGGUGGUGGAUUUAUCAAAGAGAAGAAACCCCAAAACUGGAUCAGACAGAAAUCCAGAAUAGUGUCCAUCUGUGUCCCCCAGGACCUCAUGUCUUUCUUCUGGUCAUUCCUGUUGGUUCAUAUUUCUUUAAUCUUGACAAACUAUCUCUAGAGGAACACCUGGAACUUUUCAAAGCAGAUGUUUUCAGUCACACCAUCGUGCUGUUCACUGCAGUCCAUCCAUGUAGUGAUAAAACCAUUGAAUCAGAAAUCAGAGGAAGUCCAGACCUGCAGUGGAUCCUUCAACAAUGUGGAAACAGAAAACAUGUUCUCAACAUCAGCAACAGAGAAGAUAGAGAUCAAGUCAAGAUGCUUCUGGAGAAAACUGAGGCGAUGAUUGAACAGAACAGGGGCAGACACUGUUCUGUUGAUGAAUCUGAUGGAAAUGCUCUGAGAGAGAGACUGAAAGAUUUGGUUAAAAAAGCCUCAAAAAGGUUUGAUGAAGUUCAGAAACAAAGAAGAAACCUGAAGCUACAGAUUGAAGGUGGAAAAGUUCCUCCAAACCAUUUGAGAAUUUUGAUGAUUGGUGGAUCAUAUGCUGGAAAGAGCUCAGCAGGAAACAUCAUUCUAGGAAAAAAUGCAUUUGGUGUUAAUGAAAGUGAUGAAAGAAAGACGACAGGCAGUGAAAUCAGCCACAGUGUGGUUGAAGGAAGGCGGCUCACAGUGGUGGAUUCUCCUGGAUGGUUCUACAUCCACACCCUUCAGGACACCAGUGAGAUGGACAAACAGAGGCUCAAUGGCCUCCCUGUAGAGAACUACAUCGUCAGAGAGGGCAAGGAGCUCAAGGAGCUUCUGGAGAAGUGUGGGAACAGAUACCAUGUUCUCAGCAGCUUAGAUUUUGAGGAUCCUGUUCAAGUCAAAGAGCUGUUCCAAAAAAUUAUCAACAUGGUAAAACAGAACAAAGGAUGCUUCACGACUGAAGGAAAAAGAAAGAAUUUUCAGUUUCUACCUCGGAAAGGAAAACAACGCAUCCUGACAGAAGAGGAGUGGAACAGACGGGAGCAGGAGCUGAUGGAGAGAGUGAUGAAAGCUUUAGCAAAGGAACCAGAGAAACCAACAGUGUCCUCUGUGGAGGUGGCAGGAAGCAAGGAUGAAGGUUUGAUUCCAUACAAGAAGCUCGUCCACGCCUUUGUCUCCUCCAGGCUGGAUUACUGCAAUGCUCUCCUCAUCGGGAUCUCUGGCAGGAGCCUUCAGAAGCUCCAGUACGUACAGAACAGUGCUGCCAGGGUCCUGAUGAGGAUGAGGAAACACCAGCACAUCACUCCCAUCCUUCACACUUUACACUGGCUCCCUAUUCACGCCAGUAUAGAGUACAAGAUUCUUCUGCACACCCAUCACU